CGGAUACUGAAAAAUAUAAAUAUUCCAUUGAAUUUUGUUUUUAUUUUUUUCUAAAAACUUAUAAAUUAAAAAACGAAACAUUGUGAGAUUAUCCUAAAUCCUAAAAAAGAGUUAAAAAAAAAGUGAAACUCGCAAUUUGUCUUCUGCACAUCCCAAAUGGACAGUUGCCAAGGAGAUGAGAGUCAACAGCGUUUUGUAAGAGUUUACUGAAAAUUAAUAAAUUGGAACUAAUCAAAAAGUGUUAAGGAUGCCACAUCAAGAAUUACCAUCAGAUGAGUGCCUUUCAUCAUCGGACACCAGUGAUUCUCAUUUUUCCCUGGAGAGUCGCAGUUCAAGUGCCGGAAGUCACAAUCAUCUGCAAAUUAUCAAUGAAUAUGCUAACUUCUUGCCCGAGGAACCACUCUACGAACCCAUCGUUUUGCCCACUGAACCCUCCCUGGAGGAGCUGCUGCAUCAAGUAACAGGAGCCCAACGCCUUGAUACUGUUCAGGAGCUUAAGCUACGUGUAAUAUCCCACCUGACGAGUCUUCAGCGAAUCCAUGCUUUUGUUCCUUGUCUGGUGAGCCUAAAUCUCGAUGGGAGUAUUAUUCAUUCGCUGAGGGAUUUGGGAUGCCAUCUCAAUCUAAGGCAUCUCAAUGUCAGUCGCUGUGGCUUGAGGACUCUUGAUGGUACAAGCUGCCUUGUGACUCUGGAAGAGUUAAUAGCUGAUGGGAAUUCAAUUGAAUUUGUAGAGCCAUGCUACAAUCUUCCAAUUUUAUCAAUGCUCAGCUUGAAAGAUAACAGAAUUGGAAAUUUUGAGGCUGUUGCAUUCCUGGCCCUCUGUCCCAAACUGCGCAAUUUGAAUCUGACCGGAAAUCCCGUGGAAACCUACAACAACUACCGCGAAAGAAUUAAAGAGUGCGUUCCACAGUUGCGAACAUUGGAUGGAUCGCAGCUUCAUCCUGAUCGCUGUGGCAGUUCCUCAUCUUCAGAGUGCUACAGUUCCAGCUUGACUAGCCCAGAAGAGUCAUUAGCUGUUGAAAAAGCCGAUCCGGACAUUGCAGAAGAGGCUCUGGAUCAAUUUGAACAGUUACCUAGAGUGAGACCUUCCACAGCAGGGACUGCAGAAAAUCGUUCAGCGAAUUCGGGAAUAGUAUCUGGAGCUCCAGUCUGUGGUAAUAUUAUUUCCAUGAUCAGACGUCAGAGAAAGAAAGCCGCCUGGGGAGAUUCUGAAGGGAGUACUGAUUCAUCGAGUUCUCGAGAAUCACCACAACUCCUUGCAAAAUCCUUUCCAAUGCAGCUUCCGCAGAGUUCUGUUGAUCUAGAACUGGGAAUUUCUGGUACUCCGAGAGAGAGCCAAGAUACAAGGGUGGAUACAACUGAAACUCUUUUGGCAGCAGCCAAGAAAUGGAGGCAGAACCAUCAGAAAACUAAGGCAUCGCUGCAGAAAAAUAUCAGGGAAUCUGAUUAAAAAGAAAUAAACCGAACGAUUGUGUAGUGGUUUAAUCCCAUUUAUUUUGAUAAUUAAUUAAGAAAUAGCCUUGUCCCAAAGUACU